UCAUGUUGUCAUUUUUGUCAUAACAAUUUACUAUAAAUUUGUCAUGAAAAUUUAAAUAUUAAUAUAUAAAUUCGAAUGGCUAUUCAGUAAUGAAUGGCAAAAUAAACAAAUCACAGUUAAUUUUACGUUUCUUUGCUGUGUAAUAAAACACGGUUUUCACAUCUAUAUCUCACGCGGCGAACUCUGAUAUCUCACAAAUAUAGCUAUGGCCACUGGAUCCCUGCUGCACUACAUCCAGUUCGUGGAAAGGGUGUACAGGACUGGCCAAGGCGCUGUUCUGUCGCGGAUGUUAUCACUGAGGGAUGAACAUAUCGGUAACAGAAACCUUAGAUCUGGCGAUAUCUCUAAGUAUGUACAUGACAACUGUGUGGCUCCUUUGGAUGAAAUAAUCGUUGCUCAUUUAUUAUGUGUGAAGGCACUAUUUAUGCAUGAGUAUAUGGAGGCAUAUAAUUACCAGAGUAACUGUGUGACGGCUGUUGUAAAACUUCUGCAGUCACAAAAGGAAGAGAACUGGAGUCUACCACUCAUGUACACUGUAUGUUUAGAUCUGAGGCUUGUUGCAAGGAAGGCAGAUGGAUCUAAUUCACAAAGCAGUCACGGUAAAAUCAUGGAGAAAGCAGCCGAAAGUCUACUUGCGUGCUUCAGAGUAUGCACAGCUGACAACCGAUCGUCAGACUUUGAAACCAAAAAGCUUGGAAUGUUGAACCUUGUGAACCAGCUAUUUAAAAUAUAUUUUCGUAUUAACAAAUUACAUUUGUGCAAACCGUUGAUCAGGGCGAUAGAUUCUUCGCCAUUCAAAGACCAAUUUCCUUUAGCUCAACAGAUAACUUAUAGAUAUUUUGUCGGUCGUAAAGCAAUGUUCGAUUCAGACUACCGGUUCGCAGAUGAAUACCUAUCCUUCGCAUUCCAAAAUUGUCAUAGAAGGAGUACUAAAAACAAAAGACUGAUCUUAACAUAUCUAGUACCCGUGAAAAUGUUGCUAGGCUUCACACCUUCAAAGUAUGUACUGCAGAAAUAUGAUUUGAUGCUGUUUUGGGACUUAGUAAUCGCUGUCAAAUAUGGAGAUUUGAGGGGUAUCGAUACAAUAAUGGAAGAACACGAAAGUUUUCUCAUACAAGCGGGAAUCUAUUUGAUGGUUGAGAAACUAAAAAUCACAGCAUACAGAAACUUAUUUAGGAAGGUUUAUUUAGCUGAAAACAAUCAUCAGAUAGACAUAGCAUGUUUUCAAGCUGCUCUUCAAAUAAUGGGACAAGAUGACGCGGACGCAGAUGAGACUCAGUGUAUCGUCGCCAAUUUGAUUUAUGACGGCAAAAUAAAAGGUUACAUCUCAUAUCAACAUAAAAAGGUGGUUGUUAGUAAACAGAAUCCGUUUCCACCUCUUUCAAGCUUUUAUUAAGUAGGUACUUAUUCUUAUUCAAUAACUGUUUUUUACUGAUUAUUAUAUUAUAAGAAUAAAUGUCUGUACAAAUUA